AUGGAGGAAUGUCUUGAUGCAGUGCAACAGAAGGUGACCCCAGCAAUGCGGGAUAUUUUGUCUAGUGACUUUAGUGUAGAGGAAAUUAAAACAGCGUUGUUCCAAAUGGGAUCAACAAAGGCUCCUGGACCUGAUGGUAUGAAUGCUCUUUUUUAUCAAAAAUAUUGGCAUAUUGUUGGGGAUGAUGUGAUUGCUGCUGUUCUUGAUUUUCUAAAUUCGGGUUACAUGAUUCCUGAAAUUAAUUAUACUCGCUUUGUUCUUAUUCCAAAGAUUCUUCCCCAGCUAAUAGCCCCUACUCAGAGUGCUUUUGUUCCAGGCAGACUUAUAAUGGACAAUGUGUUAGUGGCAUAUGAAACUCUGCAUGCUAUGCACUGCGGAAAAUCAGGGAAGAAGGGGUCACUAGCUCUAAAAUUGGAUGUUAUCUGCAUUAAUGGCAAAGCAUACGGGAACAUUAUUCCUUCGAGAGGACUCAGACAAGGAGACCCACUGUCUCCUUACUUAUUCUUGCUAUGUGCAGAGGGGUUUACAACUUUGCUGGCAAAAUCAGAAAAUGAAGGGAGGCUUAAUGGGGUGGAGGUUUGUAGGAGUGCACCUUGCAUUUCACACUUACUAUUUGCAGAUGACUCAUUGCUAUUCUGCCAGGCAUCCCAGGAGGAAGUGCAGUGUAUUAUAGAUAUUCUUCAGUUAUAUGCAGACUCAUCUGGUUAA